CGAUUCGACCCCACCUGGGAGUCCCUGGACGCUCGCCAGUUGCCCGGCUGGUUCGACCAGGCGAAGUUCGGCAUCUUCGUCCACUGGGGCGUGUUCUCCGUGCCCAGUUUUGGGAGCGAAUGGUUCUGGAGUUGUCAGACACUUCAUGUGGCUCCCGCUUCUCAGCUUGUUGAUGAUUACACUUAUUACGUUGUAGUUCUCACUCUGCAGCCUCCGAGUGACAGAAACAGCAGGAAGUAAUCUACUUGUGUGGGGUGAGAUGGUGAAGCUUGGGCCUAAACCGCAGUCCAUUGAGAUACAGACUCGAUGUCCCACCGCUGUUCCGCUGCUACCUGUCAAUUUUCAGUUGUUCUGCCAUGAAGUGUGAUUUAAACAUACAUGUAUGUGUUUGUGAAACUAAAACUGACAGCACCUAUGACUUGAACCCAGCCAGAACCCAGACCGGGACCUGAACCCAGGUGCCAGGGACUCGAACCCAGCCUAGACCCAGAUGGGGACUUGAACCAACAGCGUGUAAAUUAGACUCACUUCCCUGGUGUCUGGACUUGCCAAGGUUCAGGUUCUUUAUGCCUCCAUACAGAAGGAAUUCAGCGAAAGACAAAGAGAUGCGCAAGAAAUAGGUUUACUAAGAUAGGAUUAUUGCGAGAGAUGCAAGCUGGCCGGAAAGGAGGCGCUGCCCUGAGGAUUAGGUGGUAUUGGCAAAAGGAAAAGAUUCCAAAGUAUGUGGACUUCAUGAAAAAUAAUUACCCUCCUGAUUUCACAUAUGCAGAUUUUGGACCACAAUUUACAGCCAAAUUUUUUGAUGCGAACCAGUGGGCAGAUAUUUUACAGGCUUCUGGUGCCAAAUACAUUGUCUUAACUUCCAAACACCAUGAAGGCUUCACCUUGUGGGGCUCCAAGUACUCGUGGAACUGGAAUGCUGCAGAUGAGGGGCCGAAGAGGGACAUUGUCAAGGAACUUGCAGUGGCCAUUAGGAACAGGACUGACCUGCGUUUUGGGCUGUACUAUUCCCUUUUUGAAUGGUUUCAUCCACUCUUCCUUGAGGACGAAUCCAGGUUAUUCCAGACACAACAGUUUCCAGUGUCUAAGAUGCUGCCUGAGCUUUAUGAGUUAGUGAACACAUAUCAGCCUGAGAUCCUCUGGUCAGACGGUGAUGGAGGGGCCCCAGACACCUAUUGGAACAGCACAGGCUUCUUAGCCUGGCUCUAUAAUGAAAGCCCAGUUCGGGACACAGUGGUCACCAAUGACCGCUGGGGAGCUGGUAGCAUCUGUAAGCAUGGUGGCUACUAUACCUGCAGUGAUCGUUAUAAUCCAGGAUACCUUUUGCUGCAUAAAUGGGAAAACUGCAUGACAAUAGACAAGUUUUCCUGGGGCUAUAGGAGGAAUGCUGGAAUCUCUGACUAUCUUACAAUUGAAGAAUUGGUGAAGCAACUUGUAGAAACAGUUUCAUGUGGAGGAAAUCUCUUGAUGAAUAUUGGGCCCACAAAAGAUGGCAUCAUUUCUCCCAUUUUCGAGGAGCGAUUAAGGCAGAUGGGGACCUGGCUAAAAGUCAACGGAGAAGCUAUCUAUGAAACCCGUGCUUGGAGAUCCCAGAAUGACACUGUCACUCCAGAUGUGUGGUAUACAUCCAAACCUAAAAGCAAUUUGGUCUAUGCUCUGUUUCUCAAGUGGCCCACAUCAGGACAGCUGCUUCUUGAUCAGCCCAAAGCUACUCUGGGGGCAACAGAGGUUAAACUACUGGGACAUGGACAGCCACUUAACUGGACUUCUUUGGAGCCAAAGGGCAUCACGGUGGAACUGCCUCAUCUAACCUUUCAUCAGAUGCCCUGUGAAUGGGGCUGGGCUCUAGCACUAAGUAAUGUGACCUAAUUUGCAGCAGAGUGCUUCCUGCUGCAGUUCUGUCUAAGACGAGAAUAUAUCACAUUUCUAUAAUUGUAGCACAUGGAGAAAGCAAAUGUAAAAUUCGCCAAGAAUUUCCUAAAUUACCCACAUAACUGUUUUAAGUGCACUUUGCUAUUGACAUCUCUUCACACUGAAUUUAUUUCCAAGUGUGAUUCAGAGGUAGGGGGUUUUGUUUCUGAGUAGCUAGGAAUUGGUGGUGGUAAGGACUGAAUGGUGUCUUCUGCGAAAUUCACAUGUUGAUGCCCUAACCCCCAACGUGACUGUAUUUGGAGAUUUUUUAAAGAAGUAGCUAAGGUUAAAUGAAGUCAUAACAGUGGGACCUUCAUCCAACAUGACUGGUGUCCUUAUAAGACAAGGAGGAGCAGGGAUGCAGGCACACAGAUGAAAACAUGAUAUAUGGAUGCACUGAGAAGGUGGCUAUCUGCUAACCAAGGAGAAAGGCUCAAGAGAAACGACGUCUGCUGACACCUCGGGCUUUCAGCCUCUAGAACUGUGAGAAAAUAAAUUACUGUUGUUUAAGCCACCCAAUCUGUGGUAUUUACUAUGGCAACCCUAGGUCAUAGGUAUAUAAUAGCUUUGGCUUAGUUUAUUUCCAGUGCUUACAGUAAUUGCCUUUUUAUUUAAAAAAUGUUUUUUUGUUCUCUUGGUAAUAAAACUGAUAUGUUUACUAUAGGUAUUAAAACUAUACAGAAGUGCUUAAAGGUAAAAUUCACUGUUAAGAUCACCACUAUUAACAUUUUAGUAUAUAUUCUUCCAGGCUUUUGGGGGGGGGUGAGAGUAUGGAAUUGGAGGUAUGGGCCCGUUUUUAUAUAGGUAGGCUAAUUUGAGGUUCAAUUUAAAUCAAUAAAUUAGCUUCCUGUAUUUGCCUUUAAGCAAACUGAACUCAAAAACCUAGCUGAAAAUUAGGAAAGCUAUUCAGAUCUUCCCUAAGAACGAAGCAAAAUAAUGAAGCCAAAAUCAUACUGAUAUUGAUGUAAACUUAAAGAAACAUUGAUUAAAGAACUUACUCCUCUCAACAAAAGA